GCGUAUUCGUUUGAAAUGUAGCCAUGCUUACAGUAGCUUAAACAAAAAAACAAGAUCAUAUGGCAAACUUCCUGGCAAGCUAUCAACUGGUAUUAAUGACAUUCACAACUGGAGGCAGGAUGUGCUUAUGUGAUCUUGCUGAUGGCAGUGUACUGGUGCACAGAGGCCCUGCCAAUGGCUGUCACUGCCCUGCUACCUAUUGUGCUCUUUCCUGUUUUCAGCAUCAUGCGGUCCAGAGAGGUGAGUAUUCAGUACCUGAAUGAUGGCACCAUGCUGUUGUUGGGUACACUGGUGGUUGCUGUGGCAGUGGAACACUGGAACCUGCACAAACGCAUCGCCCUCAGGAUGCUAUACCCGAUCAGGGUCCGACCGCCAUUGCUGAUGCUGGGCUUCAUGUGUGUGACGGCCUUCCUGUCCAUGUGGAUCAGCAACACCGCCACCACUGCCAUGAUGGUGCCGAUCAUCCAGGCUGUGCUGCAGCAGCUACACUACAGGGAGGAGGAGGUGCAGGAACACACUCCUGUGGAGAGGGUUGAGGAACAGAGAGAGCUGGUGGUGGUGAAUGGGUCGGGGGUGUAUGAAGAGACUGUGCCGAUUGAAGAGGCUGCAGAGAAGAGGAGGAUAUGUAAAGGCAUGAUGCUGAGUGUGUGUUAUGCAGCCAGCAUCAGGGGCACUGCUACACUAACCGGUACUGGAGCCAACCUGGUACUCCAGGGCCAGAUGAACCACUUCAGGAAGACGUGGGGCUGUGGGGUGAGAAGAUCGGAGGAGGAGGAGGCUAUGUUCCGGGUGGUCCGGGACGAGCUCCGGCAGCUGGGUCCCAUUUCGUUUGGGGAGGGCAGUGUGCUAGUACUCUUCCUCCUGCUCAUCCUCCUCUGGUUCACUCGAGAUCCAGGCUUCACCACUGGCUGGGCCAGGAGUCUCCUCAGUAACAACACAGGGUAUGUGAAUGACGCCACAUUAGCUGUUUUCAUCGCUGUACUCAUGUUCAUCCUCCCCUCCCAAGCACCCCGGUUGAGCUUAUUCUUCCCCUGCCCUCGCACAGGUGUCCGGAUUGUUCCUUAUGUAUUGGGGCUUUUUGAGGGAAAAAAGUUACCCGUUAUGGGACAACCGGCACAAUCCCUCAUAAAGAGAGAGUUGGCCAGAGAAGAGAGUAACUCAGCCAAGCAAACCACUCUUAGCCUCAAACCCUGCCAACAUCAGUCCCUCACACAUCUGGAGAUGAAACUGUUCCUGAAAACGCUGAGGAAGCUGAAGAAUGGGAUCAUUCUGUUUUGUACCCCAUUUCUCCUUCUCCCUUUGCCAGUGCUAAUCCGAACCAAGGAGGCAGGAUGUGCCUACGUGAUCUUGCUGAUGGCAGUGUACUGGUGCACAGAGGCCCUGCCAAUGGCUGUCACUGCCCUGCUACCUGUUGUGCUCUUUCCUGUUUUCGGCAUCAUGCGGUCCAGAGAGGUGAGUAUUCAGUACCUGAACGAUACCACCAUGCUUUGUCUGGGUACGCUGGUGGUUGCCUUGGCAGUGGAACACUGGAACCUGCACAAACGCUUGGCCCUCAGGAUGCUAUACCUGACCGGGGUCCGACCUCCAUUGCUGAUGCUGAGCUUCAUGUGUGUGACGGCCUUCCUGUCCAUGUGGACCAACACCAUGGCCGCCUCUGCCAUGAUUACGCCGAUUGUCCAGGCUGUGCUGCAGCAGCUACACUACAGGGAGGAGGAGAGGGGUGAGGAACAGAGAGAGCUGGUGGUGGUGAAUGGGUCAGGGGUGUAUGAAGAGACUGUGCCAUUUGAAGAGGCUGCAGAGAAGAGGAGGAUAUGUAAAGGCAUGAAGCUGAGUGUGUGUUAUGCAGCCAGCAUCGGGGGCACUGCUACACUAACCGCCACUGGAGCCAACCUGGUACUCCAGGGCCAGAUGAACCAGCUGUUCCCCACGAAUGGUGAUGUCAUCACCUUUACCUCUUGGUUCACUUUUGCUUUCCCCAACAUGAUUAUCAUGCUCUUUAUAUCCUGGUUCUGGCUGCAGUUCAUCGCCAUGGGACUGAACUUCAGGAAGACGUGGGGCUGUGGGGUGAGAAGAUCGGAGGAGGAGGUGGCUAUGUUCCGGGUGGUCCGGGACGAGCUCCGGCAGCUGGGUUCCAUUUCAUUUGGGGAGGGCAGUGUGCUAGUACUCUUCCUCCUGCUCAUCCUCCUCUGGUUCACUCGAGAUCCAGGCUUCACCACCGGCUGGGCCAGGAGUCUCCUCGGUAACAACGCAGGGUAUGUGAAUGAUGCCACAGUAGCUGUUUUCAUUGCUGUACUCAUGUUCAUCCUCCCCUCCCAACCCCCCCGGUUGAGCUUAUUCUUCCCCUGCCCUCACACAGAAUCUCAGACUUCCCCGGUCCCCCCUGUUUUGCUGAACUGGAAGGUGGUCCAAGCUAAAAUGCCCUGGGACCUGCUUCUGCUGUUGGGGGGUGGAUUUGCACUGGCCAAGGGGUGCGAGGUGUCCGGAUUGUCCAGGUGGAUGGGGAUUCAGAUGACCCCCUUGCAGACCAUCCCCCCUUGGGCAACUGUCAUCAUCCUGUGCCUCUUGAUUUCCAUUUUUACAGAAUUCACCAGCAAUGUGGCUGCAGUUACACUGUUCCUUCCCAUCCUCGCCUCCAUGUCACAGUCCUUUGGGCUGAAUCCACUGUACCUCAUAGUCCCUUGUACUCUCAGUGCCUCCUUCGCCUUCAUGCUCCCUGUGGCCACACCCGUCAACGCCAUCGUCUUCUCUUAUGGUGACCUCCAGGCUUCCGACAUGGCUAAGGCUGGCAUUGGGAUGAACAUUAUUGGUAUCCUGUGCUGUACCCUGGCCAUUAACACCUGGGGCAGGGCUGUAUUCAUUCUGGACUCCUUUCCAACCUGGGCCAACAUCACCAGUGUAUGAGGACAGGUCCCUAAACCUAUGAGUCACUCUGGAAAAAUGUAUUUAACCAGAUUUCAUAACCCCGUAUCCUCGUGCAAAGAAACUGUACCUUGCAAAAUGAUUGAUCAAUGAUGAUCUAAAAUUUGAAUCUCAUGUUCUGUUGCAAGUUGGAUCCACUGGUUAUUACAAAUAGUUAGAACCAUCUCUCCAAGUAUAAAUGAAGGAAUAUAUCAGUAUAUUAAUUAUGUGGUCUGUUAUCUGGAUUUCUAACAACAUGCAAUAAUGUCCCAAAAUAUGAAUUAAUUGCAAAGGAAUGUGGUGGGUUAGCAAUUUUGCACCUGUCAUGAAAUGCUUCUAUGAGAAAUGUCAUCCAAUCUGUAUAAAGUAGUUGGUGAUUAUGCUUGGGAAGGGAAGGGGUACAGUAGUAAAGAACUGUGGUUACGGUCAUGGGGCUUCUUUGCACUCUAACAUACUGUUUUAAUGCUACUAACGAUGUAACCAUAUUUAUUAAAGUAGGAUAUCAAGCUCAUAAUAUUAUUUGUAUUAAAUGGAAUGGAAUGGAAUUUCUCUGCCAUUUGUAAUGAAAUAUUUGGAAUAUUUCAUAUGAAUAAAAUUCACAGACAAUAAAAUAUGAAUAUGAAUAAAA